UGCUGGUAUGUCAUCUAUAAAAUAUUGACCGAUGGACUAUGUCACUAAACGGAUUCUGUUACUAAAGUCUCUGUCACUCUUUUCCCAGAUCUCGGAGGCGAGAGUCGUGCCUUUGAAGGUAAAGUGUCAGAAACAAGAUGUGGCCCUCAAUACUGGACGUUGCCAAAUCGAACCUUUUCGUGACAGCCAAAUGUCAGGGCCAGAACGAGAUCUCACAGCCGUUGGUUAAGCACCGUAAUAUUGCGAUGGCAUCCGCUAACACAGGUGAUAGCUGUGAAUUUGCAUCAAACAAAUAUUUUAUGCUAUGCGGUUUGGGUGGUAUUUUAUCAUGCGGUAUCACCCAUACCAUGGUCACACCUUUGGAUUUGGUGAAAUGCAGAAUUCAAGUAGAUCCUGCAAAGUACAAGUCAGUCUUCAAUGGAUUCAGGGUGACACUGAACGAAGAUGGUUUUCGAGGUUUGGCAAAAGGAUGGGCCCCAACAUUUUUCGGUUAUUCCACCCAAGGAAUGUUUAAAUUUGGUCUUUACGAAGUUUUCAAAGUAUAUUACUCAGCUUUGGCUGGAGAAGAAAUUUCAUAUGAAUAUAGGACAAGUUUGUAUCUAGUUUCUUCGGCAUCUGCAGAAUUCUUUGCCGAUAUUGGUCUAGCUCCACUUGAAGCAGCUAAAGUUAGGAUUCAAACUAUGCCAGGGUAUGCAAAUACUUUGAGGGAAGCAUUCCCCAAAAUGUAUAGCGAGGAAGGUCUUGGCGGCUUCUACAAAGGUCUGGUACCAUUGUGGCUCCGUCAAAUUCCAUACACAAUGAUGAAGUUCGCCUGCUUCGAGCGUACACUCGAGCUCUUGUACAAAUAUGUAGUUCCCAAACCAAGAAUGGAAUGCACAAAGGGUGAACAAUUGGUUGUCACCUUCGCGGCAGGUUACAUUGCCGGUGUAUUCUGUGCAAUUGUAUCGCAUCCCGCUGAUUCCGUUGUAUCGAAACUGAAUCAAGAGAAGGGAGCAUCGGCAGGUGAUGUUCUGAGAAAGCUUGGUUUCGCUGGUGUAUGGAAGGGUCUUGGUCCUAGGAUUGUCAUGAUUGGUACAUUGACAGCAGCGCAAUGGUUCAUUUAUGAUGCUGUCAAAGUGUGGCUCCGUAUGCCACGCCCACCACCACCAGAGAUGCCAGAGUCUCUCAAGAAGAAAUAUGGAGUUGCUUAAUUCUCAUAUAUCGUCGAUAUUUUUAAUCGAAUUGAGAAAGCAAUUACAGUUAGAGAGAAAAACAAACAUAGCUAAAUUACAUAACUUUCUCACAGUACAUUGUCGAACAAUGUUUUGCCAUACAAUUUGAGUAUUUAUUGUGUAAUACAAGCAACAGUGCAGGUGCCACUGCCUUAAAACUAGAAGUAUUACCGUGCUACAGAUGUGAAUCAUAGUACUUUACCAUCAGUUGUGUGAUU